GUCAUUUACAUACCCCUUGCCGCGCGCCAGCAGCACAGCAGUUCGGGUCUGCACAACACUGCAGCCUGUCUCCAAAACAGCAUCUCUUCCUCUGCUUCUCUCUCUGACUCCUGCCAUGGCCCUGGUCUUCAUGGUCCUGCUCCUGGCAGGGAUGGUGGUGACGGCUUCCAGGGCUCAGCCUGUGCUGACCCAGCCAGCUGCUGUGUUAGUGCUGCCAGGGCAGACCGCUCGGCUGUCCUGCACCCUGAACCCCCAGUACAAUAUCAGCAAGUUCGGCAUCUCCUGGUACCAGCAGCGCCCAGGACACUCUCUGAGGUAUCUGCUCUAUUACAACUCGGAGUGGGACAAGCAUAAGCCCUCUGAGAUUCCCGAUCGCUUCUCUGCUACUAAAGACCCUGUCAGCAACGCCUGUAUCCUUAUUAUUGAGUCUGUCCAGGACGAAGACAAUGGCAACUAUUACUGUGCACUGUCGCGCUCCAUCAGCUGGCUGUAGAAAUGGGGAACCAGAGCCUUCUGCCCUUCUCUUGUGACCCCCCAGGCUGAGCCCUUCACAGGCUGAACGGGCAGCCAUAGA